UGUAACCAAAAAAUAUGGCUGCGCCCAUGGUCAAACAAGAACCUGCUGAAGAGGUUGACAUAGAAGCAAAAAUUAUAGAACUUUGUGGGCAAAAUCCCAAAGGCAUAACUGAUGAUGUUAUCAAAUUGGCUGUACCUCAGUGUGACAUUCAGCAGAGAGUUACUGCUGUUAAUAGACUAUUGUCUACUAACCGGCUUGAACUCUUAAAAAGUGGGGCAAAGCUUCUAUAUAGAUUAAAGGAUCCAGAUUCUGCAAGUCAAGUAAAAGGUGCUGAUACAGAAGAAAAAGUUGUGUUUCAGAUAAUAAAAGAUUCCCAAAAUAAAGGUAUAUGGACAAGAGAUAUCCGAAUUAAAAGUAAUUUGAAAAAUAUUCAAGUUUUGAACAAGAUCCUUAAGAACUUGGAGAGCAAGAAACUAAUAAAAGCUGUCAAGUCAGUCAAUGCAUCCAAGAAAAAGGUUUAUAUGCUAUAUAACCUAGAGCCAGAUCAAUCUGUGACAGGUGGACCUUGGUACAGCGCUUCCGAAUUUGAAUCUGAAUUUGUAGAGAUACUUAAUGCUCAAGCCCAUAAAUUUUUGCAGCAGAGGGUUGUUGAUGCCCACAAGGUAUACCCAGAAGAACCAUGGACAAGAUUACAAGCUUCUUAUGCAUCAGCUGAAGAUGUCCUUAAAUAUAUUACUAAUUUGGGCAUUAGUAAGGUUAAUCUCUCUGUGAAAGAUAUGGAAUCUAUUCUUGAUACUUUAAUAUUUGACGGCAAGGCUGAGUUGUCAGCACGAACAACAGGGGCAAGUGGCAUGACAUCAGGAGAUACAUCUGUAAAAAUUUACAGAGCUGUCAAGCCUUUGUCUGAUACUUCUGCUUUAGUAAGGACACCUUGUGGUGUCUGUCCAGUUAUUUCAAGAUGCACAGUAGAUGGUCUCAUUUCCCCUAAAACAUGUGUUUAUAUGAAAGAUUGGUUAGACUUUUGAUAGUAAUUUAUUAAAAAUGUGUACUUAGCAAGAAUUAGUUGGUUUUUAUUUGUACAUAAAUAUUAAAAAUGGU